AUGGCCACCACCACCAUCGCCUCGAUGGGCGGCCUGCUCACCUCUCCCAUCGUCCUCGGCGCCUCUGUCCUCGCCGUGCUCGCCCUCUAUCUCACGUUUGCCGGUUCUGCUGCCUCUGCCAAAGACUCCAAGGUCCACCAGGAGCCCGCAGGUUUCCUCGUCUACUGCCGCUUCAUCUACGCCAACUUCAUCAAGCCGUUCCAUACCCCUUCUUCCGCCGGUGCUUCCUCAGGCCAGCAGCAGGCUCUCGAGAACUUCUACCAGACUCAGGUACUUCCACAUCAUCGUCAUCGUCACAACCAACGGCGAGACCACGGCUCCCCCCGCGCUCAUGACGGAGACGAGACUUAUGACAGACUGGUGUUGACGCUGUGUGAACAGGCUUCCGUGUACGAUGCGACUAGACGCCGUCUGCUCAGGGGCCGAGAAGACAUGCUCGGCCUCCUGGCAGCGCAGCUGAGGCUCAAGAUGGCUUCCAAGGACCACAGACCCGUCUGGGUUGACAUUGGUGGUGGAACUGGGUGCGCGAUGGCAGCCUUUGUCGACGUCGAGCAGUACUUCGAGCAUGUCUACCUGGUUGACCUGUCUCCUUCGCUCUGCGAGGUCGCCAGACAGCGGUUUGCCCGUCUCGGAUGGAAGAAUGUCUCUGUCUUCUGCCAGGAUGCGCGCGAGUUCCGUGUUCCUGGACAGGACGCAAAGGCCGAUCUCAUCACCAUGAGCUACUCCCUGUCCAUGAUCCCAGACUACUACUCGGUUGUUGACUCGCUCACUACCCUUUUGAGAAAUGACGGCACUAUUGGCGUGUGCGACUUUUACGUCCAGAACAUCGUUGACUUGGCCACCAGGAACUACACCGGCGGAGUCUCGAACCGCCACGUCAACUGGCUAGGCCGUGUCUUCUGGCGCGCCUGGUUCGAUGUCGACCGUGUCAACCUCGAGGCCGCUCGCAGGGACUAUCUCGAGUACCGCUUUGGAACUGUUAUCUCCGCCAGUGAACGCAACUAUCUCCUCGGUGGUAUCCCUUACUAUAUCUUCAUCGGAUGCCAGAAGGACCUCUCUCAACACGACAACGACGCCAUCGCCCGUCUGGACGCCACCCUGACCGAGUCUCCUUACCUCUCGCCAACCCACCACCGCUCAGAGCUCUCCAAGGCCGUCCAGCGCACCAUCCCAGAAGUCCGCUCCAAGGCUUACGAGUCUGCCAUCGUCAACUUGUCGUCUAACCUGCCCUUGCCAUCUUUCUUCUACCAGCACCACCACUGGCGUAUCUGCUACAACGAACUGCUCACCAAACAUACCCAGUUCAACAAGGAAUACAUCUACGCCUUCACCUGGGAAGAUCCCCGUGUCGACCACCGCCUGCUCAACAUUACCUCCGACGACGUCAUCUUGGCCAUCACCAGUGCUGGAGACAACAUCCUAGACUACCUCUGUGGGCCCAACACCCCUCGCCGCAUCCACGCCGUUGACCUCAACCCGAACCAGAACCACCUUCUCGAGCUCAAGGUAGCCUCCUUCACCGCACUCCCCCACGAGGAUUUCUGGAAGAUCUUUGGCGAGGGCAAACACGCUGGAUUCCGUGACUUGCUCAUCUCCCACCUCUCACCACAUCUUUCAUCUCAGGCCUUCCAGUUCUGGCUCGACCAUGCCUCCGUCUUUACCUCCUCAAGCCACGGCCUCUACGAAACAGGCGGAUCCAGACACGCCCUUAAGCUGGUCCGAUACCUCUUCUCCAUCUUCGGCCUAACCGGCGAAGUCAAGAAGAUGUGCGCUGCUAAGACUCUCGAGGAACAACGAGCUCUCUGGCCACGCAUCAGACAAGUUCUCCUCUCCAAGCCACUUAACUGGGCCAUCGUCGGAACAGAAUGGUUCGCAUGGAAGGCUGCAGGUGUGCCUGCUAACCAGCGAAACAUGAUCCUAACAGACUACAUGGAGCGCGAGCAGCUCGAGGGUGGUCUUAAGGCCGCUAAGGAGCAGGGUGUAGGUGGACAGGCCGUAUGGGAAUACGUCAUUAACACGCUCGACCCCGUCGUCAAGGAGACUCUCCUUGGAGACGACAAUUACUUCUACCUGCUCUGUUUGGCCGGACAGUUCUCAAAGAGAUGCCACCCAACCUACCUCACCAAGAAGGCUCACACCAAGCUCUCUGCCCCAGGCGCCUUUGACGGCCUACGCAUCCACACAGACGAGAUUCAAGAAGUCAUCUCCCGCAUCACCCCUGGCACACUAACCAUCGCAGUCGUAAUGGACUCUAUGGACUGGUUCGACCCAUCCUCCCAGGCCGCAGCAACCCAAGCAACAGCCUUCAACCACGCUCUCAAGACUGGCGGCCGUAUCUUGCUACGUUCCGCCAGCAUCGAGCCAUGGUACAUCUCUGUCUUUGAGAAAUGUGGCUUCUCUACAAAGAGAGUCGGCGCUCGAUUCCCCGGCGCCUGCAUUGAUCGUGUAAACAUGUACGCUUCCACUUGGAUAUGUACCAAGACCACUGAGCUUGCUCGAGAGCCAUCAAAACAAAUCACCGGCACCUCCGAUGCAAAAGCAACAGCAACCAAGCUUGAACGAAGUGUCAGCUCAACUAGUUCGAGCAGUGUAUGUGAAGAUCUGGAGAUUUAA